AUGCUACAUAAAACCCCGACAGAAAACUCGAUCAAUACAACUUGCUCAACUCCUCUAGGUAAACCACCUUCAAUGUUUUUUGAAAGAUCUCCUAACAAGCAUCACACAACGAUCCCAGCUUGCUCUUCCACCCAAAACUAUUUUUCGCCAAAAAAUUUGACUCCCAGAUCAUCAUGGGAGCAUCACUCAGAAGCCAAAGACCACAUAUCAGCAAUUCUUCCACAAGAUCAAAUGAAUUUCUUAAGCUUUAAAAACGAAAAAUUAAAAAUUGAGGUCGAAAGAGACCAUUUCAAGCAACUCAGCCACAAUUUUGAGCAAAAAUUAUCUGCAGCUACUGAUGAAAUUAGCCAGCUCAAAUCCGAAUUAGACUAUAAAGAUGAAAUGCUAAAACGUCUAAGUAAGCUUGUAGAAGAACGUGAACAAAAAUUCAAAGAUUUAUUCGCAAAAGAAUCCCAAGAAUACGAAGAAAUUAUGAAGGAAAAAGAAAAAACUAUAAAAGAGCUGAGACAUGAAAUAGAAAAAUAUAAGAAAAUUGAAAUGAAGAGAAAACAAGCAAUUAAGAUAGAAAAUGAAAAUUUAGACAUAAAAAUCAACAAAAUUGGCAAAUUCAGUGAUAAUGAGUCGAAAAAAGACGAAAGCAUUUUGCUUGAAUUUUCAGAAGAUAUUGACCUUUUUAUCAGCAAUAAUCCACACAAAGCGAAAUUUGAUGUAAAAAAUCAUCCUGAAAUAGUAUCAAUAAUAGAACAGAUUGGAGAUUUAAAAAACAUAAUGACGAGCGUCAUAAAAGGUGAAAAAAUAUCUAUGGAACUUUUAAUCGAAAGUGAUAAAAUUGUGGAGAAAAGAAACCUAAAGAAAAAAUCAGCUGGAGAAGCUUUAAAUGAUCUAUGUGAGAUUAGAACGAUAUUAUCAGAUAUAUGUGCAGAAGAUUGUGGUAGUAAAUGCCGAGUACAAUAA